AAAAUCGAUUACAAAGUACCCAAGCAUCCUGUAGCUUUUAAAACAGGAAAUACCGAAUUUAACAUUAGCGCGAUUAUUGUACCAACCCUUAUUAGCAACAUUACGUUUUACGUUCUUAAUAGCCCAAUACUAUUCCUUUUAUUACUUAAAAAUAUGGACGCGUUAAGUAUAUAUUUUAACAAUACGCGCAACAAGUUCGUAAAGCAUAACGGAACGCGCGUGCGGAUUAUUAAACGCUUCGGUUACCCAUGGUUUUUUUUUAACGCAUCGAUAUACGUUAUAAACAAAAUUUCGAUGGCCGCUAAAAAAAAAAUCGCGGGAUUUUUGUUUUUAAUAAAAACCGAGCUACGGCGCGUUUACAAACGAUUUAAUUACCUUUUCGUUAAUAAAUUGCAUAAAACUUUCCAACGGGCAAGCUACAAUACAAAUUGCAACGCGCUGGAAAUAAUUAAUAAAAUAUGCUACGAAUGCUAA